UGUUUGUAGUGCGAGUGCUGCUCUAAAGUACAUAGCAUCUCCGACUCACUUUCCGGCUAACCCUAAUCUCCCUGUGUUUGGUUAGUACUUUUGGAUUCAACGACUGGGUUCUUCUUCUUUUCCUUCUUCUUUAUUUUUACUUUUACAGUCUUUUGCAUCUAAAUAGACCCACAACAUCUUCUAAUUCUGCCAGUGAUGUGACCUUUUGAAAAAGAAAGUUGUUUAAAUAUUCUUGCUCAGUAUUACCCCCAACCCACCACUCCCCAGUGCUUUCUCGUAGCCUAAUCAAGAAGGGUUUUUACGCUAAGCCUCAGAAUUAGGGUUCCUUUAGUUCUUUACCCAUCUGGGUUUUUUUUCCUAAUGACCGCAUACGGCGUUUAUGGGGUUCCACAGGUUCACAUUUGCAGAUCCUUUUAGUGGGUUUUAGAGAUUCAAAGUGGUUUAAGCCUGUGUUGGGUGUCGGAAACAAGAAGUUAAAAUGAUUGCAGAGAAGCCAAGUUGGGUUAGGCAUGAGGGUAUGCAGAUUUUCUCGAUUGAUAUUCAACCUGGUUGGCUUAGGUUCGCAACUGGUGGUGGUGAUCACAAGGUCCGUAUAUGGAACACAAAAUCUGUUGGCCGGGAUUUGGAAGCUAAUGAGUCAACACAAAAACUUCUUGCAACCCUUCGCGACCAUUUCGGGUCUGUUAAUUGUGUUAGGUGGGCUAAGCACGGUCGAUAUCUUGCCUCUGGGUCGGAUGACCAGGUGAUUCUCAUUCAUGAGAGGAAGCCUGGUUCGGGAACCACUGAAUUUGGUAGCGGAGAGCCCCCUGACAUUGAGAACUGGAAGGUUGCAAUGACUUUAAGAGGACACACGGCAGACGUGGUGGAUCUUAAUUGGUCUCCAGAUGACUCAACAUUGGCAAGUGGAAGUCUGGACAAUACUGUCCACAUCUGGAACAUGAGCAGUGGCAUCUGCACUGCUGUUCUCAGAGGACACUCUAGUCUGGUUAAGGGGGUUACUUGGGAUCCCAUUGGUUCCUUCGUAGCAAGUCAGUCUGAUGAUAAGACUGUUAUUAUCUGGCGAACAAGUGACUGGAGCCUCGCUCACAGGACAGAUGGCCACUGGGCGAAAUCACUUGGCUCUACGUUCUUUAGGAGGCUUGGAUGGUCACCUUGUGGCCAUUUUAUAACUACGACUCAUGGUUUCCAGAAGCCAAGGCACUCUGCACCUGUUUUAGAGCGAGGGGAAUGGGCUGCCACUUUUGAUUUCUUAGGACACAAUGCGCCUAUUAUCGUUGUAAAGUUCAAUCAUUCGAUGUUCAGAGGGAGUUUAUCGAAUGCUCAGGAUGUCAAAGCAGCAGCUACUGGAUGGGCUAAUGGGGCUUCUAAGGCAGGAGACAAAGAAUCACAGGCAUAUAAUAUUAUUGCUAUUGGUAGUCAAGACCGCACAAUAACAGUAUGGACAACCGCAAGUCCUCGCCCUCUCUUUGUGGCCAAGCAUUUCUUCACCCAAAGUGUUGUGGAUUUAUCCUGGAGUCCUGAUGGGUACUCACUAUUUGCUUGUUCCUUGGAUGGGACAGUGGCUACUUUCCAUUUUGAGGAGAAAGAACUUGGCCAGAAGCUAAGUGAUACCGAGUUGGAUGAACUGAAAAGAAAUCGAUAUGGUGAUGUCAGAGGCCGACAGGCAAACUUAGCUGAAACACCAGCACAGUUGUUGCUUGAAGCAGCCUCUGCUAAACAAGCCACAAGCAAAAAAGCCAUCCCAGAUGUUUCACAAAACUCGACAGCCAUAAAAUCUUCUAAUCAUUUGGUGGUUUCCACAAAGGCUCCUGAAUCUCGCGUUGACGAUGGGAAGAAGGAUGGGGAUGGAUUAAACAAAGUGACAAACACUGUUCAAAAGGCAAGUCCUGUAAAGCAAAGAGAAUAUAGGCGCCCUGAUGGGAGAAAGAGGAUAAUCCCUGAGGCAGUUGGAGUGUCUGCUGAGUCUCAAGCACUUGAUUUCCCUACGAAGGGGGUGAAUAACAGAAAGGAAGAUAACGGAUUGGUUCUUAGUGACAGUGGCGUUAGAGAGGGUUCUAUGAGGAGAACAAUAGGUGGAAACUCUGAUCUGAAAGAGCGUUCAGGAGUCACAGCUAGGGCUACCGUCAGUGAGAGUCUGGUAAUUGAGAAGGUUCCGGCAUCAGAAGGUAAGGAUGGAACUGUUUGUGUAGAACAGAAAGGAAUUGUGGAAGCUUCUGCUUCUGGGAAGCUUUCAAUUAGGGUUUUUGACAAGAAAGAAGGGAAAGAUGCCGAGCCAGUUUGUUUGGAAGCUCGUCCUCGCGAACAUGCUGUGAAUGACAUUGUUGGAGUGGGAAACACAUUUACUAUGAGAGAAACGGAAAUUGCUUGUACAAGAGGGGCAGAUACUCUUUGGUCUGAUAGGGUAUCUGGCAAUGUCACUGUUUUGGCUGGUAAUGCCAACUUCUGGGCUGUUGGGUGUGAGGAUGGAUGCCUACAGGUGUACACAAAAUGUGGGAGACGUGCCAUGCCGACUAUGAUGAUGGGAUCUGCGGCGGUAUUCAUUGAUUGUGAUGAGAGUUGGAAGUUGUUUCUUGUCACGAGGAAGGGAUCCUUGUAUGUAUGGGAUCUGUUCAACAUGAAAUGUCUCCUUCAUGAUUCAUUGGCUUCACUGGUUACUGCAGAUCCAAGAUCAACUGCCAAAGAUGCAGGCACAAUCAAAAUCAUAUCUGCAAAGCUAUCAAAGUCUGGUUUUCCUCUUGUUGUUCUAGCCACACGUCAUGCCUUCCUUUUUGAUAUGAGCCUCAUGUGUUGGCUUAGGGUUGCGGAUGAUUGCUUCCCUGCAUCGAAUUUUGCAAGUUCAUGGAACUUGGGCUCUAUUCAGGGUGGUGAGGUUGCUGCUUUACAGGUGGAUGUGAGGAAAUUCUUGGCAAGGAAGCCAGGUUGGAGCAGAGUAACCGAUGAUGGCGUGCAAACGCGUGCUCAUUUGGAAUCUCAACUUGCAUCUGCGCUGGCAUUGAAGUCCCCGUCUGAAUAUCACCAGUGCCUUCUGUCCUACGUGCGAUUUCUGGCAAGAGAGGCGGAUGAGUCCCGUUUGCGGGAAGUUUGUGAGAACUUUCUUGGGCCUCCAACUGGGAUGGCUGAUGCUGUAUCUUCAGAUCCCAAGGACCUGAAAUGGGAUUCCUGUGUGCUGGGAAUGAAGAAGCACAAACUUUUAAGGGAAGAUAUUCUUCCGGCAAUGGCAUCAAACAGAAAAGUCCAGCGUCUUCUUAAUGAAUUCAUGGAUCUCCUAUCUGAAUAUGAAACAACCGAAGUCAUUCCGGACCCCAAAAGUUCCACCCCUCCGAUAGAAUUGCUGCCCACAACAGAUCAAACGGACUCCACCCCUCCAACAACUGAUCAAAUGGCUUUUGCCCUUUCAGCAGCAGAUCAAACGGGUUCAGUGCAGCCAGCUGGUGAUAAAACAGAGUUUGCCCCCACAGAAGUGGAUCAAAUUGACUCAGCCAUGCCUGAAAAAGAUGGAAUAGAGUCCACGGCGCCCCUAGUAAACAAUGUUGAUUUGGACCGACCUUCGAAGCCAUUAGAUCCGGCCCCACAGGUGAAAGAAACAGAUGGUUCCUGAGUUCUGCUUUUGGAAGCAAUGUUUUUUGUGAUAUAGAACACGGAUGCAUGGUGUUGCUGAUGUGUUUGAGGAAGUACGUAUCCUGGAUUCAUACUCUGUUGUGUCUUGUGUGGCGUCAUUCCGUGAAGGUUUACACAGAGAGAUUGAAUCGAGUCAACUUUAUUUUGGUUAAACCUCUGUGUAUUUCUUGUCGGUAGAGGCACAUAGGAGGAGUUCGGGGGGGUAUGUAACAGAAGUUCUAACUCUUGAAAUAGCAUAAGUUGUUUUGAUUUCUCAUUUUAGCAGUUUAUAUAGGUAACUGUAAUCUAGUUGGUGGAUGUUGUUCCCUGUAACAUGUUAAGCCUAAUUUGGUCGUUUGGAUACGGUGUAAAUUUGGUACCCUCCUUUCUGGAACUCCCAUCUAGAUGUAGGCUUCUAGGGUUUGGUUUUGGUUUUUUUAGCAACUCAGUUCCCCACUGUAUUCUAUUUUUAUUUUUUAUUUUUGCAUCAUUACUGAAUCAGAACACCCAUUGCACUGAUCAAA